AUGUUAGACGACACACUCUCGUAUCUCAUCGAUGACAUGAUAGAAACCAAGUCAAGCUCUCUUGUACCAGUCGAGAAUUUGCAGCACUACAAGAAUCAUCUGAAUCACCUCGAAACAGCUACCAAAUUGGCUCUUCUCAAGGAAUCCCUCUGCGUUCGGCCACCAGUACCACUUCUGCCAGAAAACAUCCUUCAAAACAUCGAGUCCAUCCUCAGUCGCAUGAGGGACCACAAACUCCUUACUUCCUUAACAUCCCUCACUCCAUCCCGCACGAUCAGUCAUGACGAAUCUCGACAAACAAAUAUUCAUCUCUGGAAAGGAGACAUCACAACCCUGACAAACAUCACCGCCAUCACAAACGCAGCCAAUAGUCAAGGUCUGGGCUGCUUCCAACCUACACAUCGCUGCAUCGAUAACAUCAUUCACUCGGAGGCAGGACCUCGUCUCCGAGAAGAAUGUUUCUGGCUGAUGCAAGAACGUCAAACGGACCUUGAGCCUGGUGAUGUUCUUGUUACGGAUGGUCAUGCGCUUUAUGCUUCGUCGGUUAUACAUACUGUUGGACCACAGCUUAAGCGCCGCGCGUCACCUACAGAAGCUCAGAGAGCUCAGCUCAAGAAGUGCUAUGAGAAUAUUCUUGAGGCUGUGGAGGGCUUGCCAGCGGGUGAGGAUAGGGAGAAGAGCGUUGCUUUGUGUUGUAUUUCUACAGGCCUUUUUGCUUUUCCGGCCGAUGAAGCUGCUGGGAUCGCUGUUUCAACUGUCAUGUCAUGGUUACAAAACCAUCCCACCACUACAAUCACGGACAUCGUCUUCAACACGUUUACACAAUCGGAUACCAACAUCUACACAGCACUUCUUGGUCCCUCACCGACAACGAUCUCACCGACUGUUACAGUUCCGCCAUCAAGCUCAAUCACUCUCGCCCGCGACUGGCUCCGCUCAGCCGACGCCGUCUGCGUCACCGCCGGCGCUGGUCUCUCAGCAGGAGAUGGUCUAGACUACCAUUCCAGAUCCCUCUUCGAGCAACACUUCCCAGGAUUCCUCAAAUUCGGUCUCACAUCGCUGUACAGCGUGUUUGGAUACGAUGGCUGGCCUUCGGAGGAGUAUCGAUGGGGCUAUUACUUCACGCACUUGAACAUGAUAACGAACUGGUCAGAUACACCUACCUAUCAGACUUUGAUUCCCUGGUUGAAAGAGUUUGGAGAGGAUGCGUUUGUGAGGACGUCGAAUGCAGAUGGUUUGUUCCUUGCGAAUGGGUGGUCUGAGACGCAACUUUCUACACCUCAGGGAUCGUAUGCGUAUUUGCAGUGUCUGAAUAAUUGCAGAACUGAUGCUGUGGUACCUUCUGCACCUCUCGUCGCUGCCGCGCUUCCAUUCAUCGACCCAGUCACUCAAAAAUUGACUGACUCAAGCAAAAUCCCAAUCUGCCAAUUUUGUGGCUCCAAGAUGAGUAUUUGCGUCCGCGCAGGAUCAUGGUUCAAUCCAUCACCAUACAAAACCGGCGAAACACAAUGGAAGGCAUGGAAAUCUCGAAAUGUUUCAGAAAAGAAAAAGUUGGUGAUUCUUGAACUUGGCGUCGGGAUAAAUACUCCCGGAGUAUUGAGAUGGCCAAAUGAAGAUCUCGUCGCUAGAAGUGGCGGAACGGUAAAGUUAAUCCGUGUUGGUCUUGGCGCUGAAGCGAUGGUUCCUUGGGAGCAAGAAGAUCAAGGUCUGAGUACUUUUAUCCAAGGCGACAUUCAGCGCGCCAUUCCACUGUUGUUAGAAUAG